CGAAAUGAAGGUUACACUGGAAAACAUUAUGUGAUGGUUUACACGUGAACUGAUCAACUGGUAUUUUAAAAUUCUGUUCGCGAAGAUCUCAUUUCUUGGCGUUCCCCGCUCUCUUUCAUUUUGGUCCAUUAAUCCCAUAAAAUGAGAUUGAAUAUAAUAUAUUUUAAAAGUAGACAUCAUGCAAGAGCACCUCAAAAUGAAAAAAAAGUACCAUUUAAAGAAAUUAUAUCUUUAUGUUUAAAAAAUUCAGUUAAAGGAAAUUCAAAAAAUAUCAUGGAAGGUAAAUGUUUAUUUGAAAUGUCACUUCUAUUUGGAUGUUGGAAGGAAAAUACAAUUGAUAGUAAAAUAUGUGAAAAGUUCGUUCAAAAUUUAAAUGAGUGUUAUAAAAACUAUUUGAAGAAUGCACUGAAGAAAAAAAAAUUACGAGAAGUUGAUAUCCCUAGUCCUAAUAGUAAAAUACUUACAAGUAAGCAAAUAACAUAUCUUUUACAUAUGUAUCCAAAUGUUUAAAGAUUUUAAAUAAAAUAUUAAAAUUAUAUAGAAAAUA